AUGAAACAAAUCUUGAAAAAAACGUUACAACAGCCAAUUUCGAUAUAUAGAGGUUCUAAAUCAAAACAAAUAAAGAAAUCAAACAAAAUGAUGAAAAAGUUUAAAUACUACAAAAGUAAAGGCAUAUUGCCUAAUUUAGAUAAUGUCAUCGACUGUUCUGGAAAUAAUAAGCAUGUACUUAAUGAAAUAUUUAUUGAUCCAGACCAAAAGAUUCCAAAUUUGGGAUUGAAAAAUAUAAAUGAGUGGAAAAUUUAUAGCUUAAUAGAAUGCCCAGGUCUUAUAGUCAUAAAAAAUCCUUUUACAUCACUUGGACAACGUUACUACAUUAAGAAACUAGUAAAAGACUAUACAAAAAAUCAUCCCAACAAUUUACUGGAAUCAAAAUUUAAGCAAAAUAUCAUCAAGGAUUUUUGGGCAUCAUGGAUUGAAGAAGUUGAUCAACAACAGAAAAGGUUAAUAAAAAAAUCAAUGCGAUGGACCACUUUAGGAUACCAUUAUGACUGGACAAAUAAAGUUUACAAUGAACAAAACAAGAAUGAAUUUCCAGAAGAACUUUCUAAACUUAUUUCUGUUUUUGCUGAAGUUUUAAAUUUCAAUGACUUUAUGUCGGAAGCAGCUAUAAUAAAUUUCUAUCACAUUGGAAAUACUCUUUCUGCUCAUUCAGACCAUUCAGAAAUUUGUAAUGCGCCACUUUUUUCAAUCAGUUUUGGACAGCCGGCAGUUUUUCUUAUGGGAGGAACUUCCAAAGAUGACGAUGCUAUUCCAAUCUUACUGAAUUCAGGCGAUGUUUUAGUAAUGUCUGGAAAUAGUAGAUUCAAUUAUCAUUCAGUUCCUAGAAUUUUUGAGUCAGAGUCGAAACCAUGGAAUGAUGAUCAAAACAUAAAUAACUGCAGUCGUCUUAAUUCUGAUGAUCUAAAUGAGUGCCUUUGCCAAGAAAAUUGGAGUCAGUUUGAUUCAUAUUUAAGCGAUAGUCGAAUAAAUGUAAAUGUGCGACAAUACAAAAAUAAAACAGGAUAA